AAAACUCAGCACUACGACGCCAGAGCAACUUAAGACAGUACGCGCAUGUGACUGCACUGUCAAAAUCCGUUGAAUCGUUUAACAGACUUGUCCGAAAAUGCGAGCAAUCGUUUUGUUGCUGAUUCUCCUGUCACACAAAUCAGAAUCUCUCGUCAGGCCUCGUUACUUUUGUCCUGCUGAUUUUGUUCGUCUUGGUAAUGGUUGCUAUUACUUCAGCUCGUACAUAGCAAGCUGGCAAAAUGCGCACUUUGCCUGUCGCGACCACGGAGCUCAGUUAGCAGUACUUGAUAGCCGCUGGGAAGACAACACUAUCCAAACAUAUCUUUCUCGGCCAGAAUUCGCUCGUUUGGAAAGAUGGAUCGGUGGAUUGUACGAUUGGAGUGGUCAAAGAUGGUUGUGGGGAGCAACUGGACAACCCAUGAAUUUUUUGGGCUUUGGAGAGCUGACGGAAGGGCGUUUACGUGAAUGGCACUGUGUUUACAUGGAUCCAGAACAAUCGCAUAAAUGGAAUCACAAGUUAUGUACAAGAAAUCUCCACUAUAUUUGUGAACUACCAUUAACAAAGGCGACUCCAGCCCAAAUUUUGCAAUGAAUCAGCCA